AUGGAGCAGGCAUCAUGGCAGCUAUCAUCAGCCACAGGAUGCAAAAGGAGCUUGACCACUGCGGCUCCUCACGCUCAGGCUAGUUGGGAGUCAUUGCUCGCGGAGCGUAAGCGGCUGAAGUGUGAGGCAGAUGUGCCGGGUUGGGGGGAGCCUUCCGUAUGGGCAGCUUUGGAAAGCCCCAAGCAAGUAAAGCCGAACUUCCAGAUCGACUUUCGACUCUCGUCUUCUACCGUCCGUGUAGAAAACGGCCUCCACUUGGCGGCCUGUGUCCCGACACUUUCUGGCCUCUUGCACGAAGAAUCGCCCGGCUUGAGAAGUGUUGAUCUUAGCUCGGCGAAGAUCUGCAAAGAUGCUUUGCUGGUGGCACUUCGCUUUGCUUCUGCCGGUCCCGGUGCAAACGAAGAAGACACGAGCCUUUGGACGUCCAGCCCGCAGAGUCCACGACCGAUUGCGCGUGCUUCCCGGCCCGAGGAGGUGUUGCAGGUGGAGGAAGCUCUGCGCUGCUUCGACGUGCUGCGUGCUGCCAAAAUCCUAGGUCUUCCACGACUAGAGGAGGCAGCGAGGGGACGGCUGGAAUCUGGAAGAAGCCGUAUUUCCUCUGGUUCCGCCGGUGUGCUUCCGCUACCAUUGUUGAGCGAGGCUUCUGCCAUGCCACUUCUGGCUGCAAGUUUUGGACAAGAGAAGUGCAUCUCCCAAUGCUGCCUACGGUUCCUGAACAGUCGAGGCAGGGACCAGGUUUUGCAGGGUCGUGAGCGACAGCUUGGUGUAAUCUAUGCGACACAGCCCCUGGUCGGUGCCAUCCUGUCUGGCAUUUUCAAGGAGGCUGCCCCGGCUCUAUCAGCGAACGGUGGCGCAGCGGCUUCGCCGGUCCUUUUGGAUUUGUUGUUUGGCCCAAGCCGUGCUCCAAAGCAGACCCAGCCCGUUGACUUGAAAUCUGUCCGGGACCUUUUGGCCUCUGGCCCUGCGUUAGGACACAGCGAUCGUGAGAGUUUGAGCAAAUCAGAGGUUUCAUGUGCCUUCUUCGGACUUCGGCUACUGGUUUUGACAUGGCUGCUCACAUGCGGCAGAUUACAUUCCAUUCUGCGACCGUCGAUUACAAGCAUGUUAUGA